GCCCACAAUCCAAUCAGAGUGAUUCUGCCCCUGUAUAAAUGGAGGGGCGAGCUGUUACCCUGGUUUCCUGACUUUGCAGUUAGGCCAUGGCUCGCACGAAGCAGACGGCGCGCAAGUCGACGGGCGGCAAGGCCCCGCGCAAGCAGCUGGCCACCAAGGCGGCCCGCAAGAGCGCGCCGGCCACCGGCGGCGUCAAGAAGCCGCACCGCUACCGGCCCGGCACGGUGGCCCUGCGCGAGAUCCGCCGCUACCAGAAGUCCACCGAGCUGCUGAUCCGCAAGCUGCCGUUCCAGCGGCUGGUGCGCGAGAUCGCGCAGGACUUCAAGACCGACCUGCGCUUCCAGAGCUCGGCCGUGAUGGCGCUGCAGGAGGCGUGCGAGGCCUACCUGGUGGGGCUCUUCGAGGACACCAACCUGUGCGCCAUCCACGCCAAGCGCGUCACCAUCAUGCCCAAGGACAUCCAGCUGGCGCGCCGCAUCCGCGGGGAGCGGGCCUAAACUAUUAACGAAAGAUCGCCGACCUUAAACCCAAAGGCUCUUUUCAGAGCC